AGAUCACAUGGAUGCCGUUUAGACCUGAUAUGUUAGCAGAGUUGCCCCCAGCUGGACGAGAGCAUACUCACAUCUGGCGAGCACGUGUCCCGUUGAUAUGUUUUGACAUUGUUGAGCUGCAUUUGCCUGAUAGAGUCAUGCGACAGUUUGGGUUUGAGCAGGUCGUUCCACGUCCUAUCGACACUUAUGUAGAGCUGCAUAAGCUGGAUAGGCGUGGGAAGCAUACAGAGGAUUGGGCACUCAGACAUGUCCGAUACGUGACUAUGUGGGAAAGGAGAGCUGAGCUAGCUGUGGUUGGGACACCCACAUAUGUGCCAUCUGUUUCAGGAGACUACAUGGGAUGGUACUACAGCAUCACUCGGUUAUUUGUGUCUCCUUCGUUCAGACUCCCUACUCAUCAUUAUCAGCCUAGCUCCUUGGCUUUGCAUCUUACGGCUCUGACAGGCAUUGCCUCGUUGUGCUCAGAUGUGUUGGGCCGAGUAGACUACGGACAUCUUAUACACAUGCCCCCAUCUCAGGAGAUGGCAUCCACGUCUAGUGCAGCCGCGGCUUCAUCAUCCCAGACGCAACAUGAGAGAGUGGUUCUUCAACCACGACAACGCCGUAGGCGUAGACAUGAGCAGCAACAUCUCCAUGACGAAGCUG